AUGAAGUUGCUCCAUGUGUAUCAAAACUGUUCAUUGAUUGUUGAAGGAUAGCAAUUCUCUGUAAAUCUUGUUAAAUUACCAUAUAAGGAGUUUGAUAUUAUCCUUGGUAUGGCAGACGAACAGAAGAAGAAAAAGGUUAAAGGUGCAAGAAAGUGCGAGAAGCUGUAUAAGAGGAAGAGGGGGGGGUUUGAGGCCCGAUCGAGAGUGCCGAUUAUAUAUAAUGACUGGAGAUAUGUCUCGAAAGACUUGAAGGUCAUGGCACUAGACGGGGUUCAGGCCACGACUUCUGCCGAUAUCACCGAUUCGGCUACCGAGACGGGUUCUCAGCUCGGACGAGAGGACUUUUGGUUGAGAGGUCACACCCCGGGGAGAGAGCCAGAAGGUACGGACCAUGCGCUUAUGGAGAUUCGUGAUAGGAUAGUUCAGCUGAAGGAAGAGGUGGCUGCUGGUACCUUUUUGCUAGAGGGGCACAAUGAUGUACUGGCUAGAGCUUUAGGGACUGCUGAGCACCCGAGGUGGACGAGGGGUGUUGGUUCAUACGUGGCUUACGUUGCUGCUUGUUACUUGAGGAUCUCUGAUCCAGCCGAUUAUAUAGUGGCACAUGGAUCGGUUUUCCCACGUGCACCGGGAGAUGUGGUGCACGGUGUUCCCCUCCUUCCCCACCAGGUUAAGGUCGCUGUGACCUUGGUUCUUCCUAGAAUGGGUGAAUAUCCCAUUCCUUGUCCCACUGAGCACAUAGAGACCGUCGUAGAUUGGGAGGGGAGCUUCGUCGCAUGGCCAAAGUCGUUAGUGGGCCUUGGAAUCGUCAUUCUCAAUCCCGAGUUCAUGCUCUAUCCGGAGGAGACGGAGCUGAGGAUGCGACCCGAGAAUAUACGUGAGUUCAUGCGAUGGGAGGAGGUUGAUCAGACCAUCAUCAUUGUUUUCUUGAGAAUUAUAAAGAGGUGCAAUUCUAGAGCAAUCACUGAGUUUACCCGUUGUUGCAAGAAAGAGCAUGGUUUCAGCUAACAAUGGAAUACUGCGCGCUACAAGAGCAGAUAGAAAUACAUCAAUAGUGCAUAAAAGGAAUUUUAACGAAUGCCAGGGACCAACCAACCAAUGCUAUUUCCUAAGGUAUACGGAUCGGAGUAUGUUUUGACGAAAAAUAUUCACCUAUCAUCUAGUCACUAACUUUGGCUAGAAUCAAUAGUAAUACACUUG